AUGACUACAUAUCUCUUGUUCUGCACUGCCGAAGUCUCUACGGAGACGAUCAACAAACUUCUCAAACAGCCAGAAAUAAACUGUUUUGUAUUAGCUAGAGACCCUUCACAAACCUGUUUCGAUCACUGGCGUACCAAUCCGCCAAUUUCGCCGUUCAAAAAUGGCUUUCUGGGUUGGAGCGCAUCCCAGAUCCAGCAGUAUCUCCGAGAUCAACUCUCAGAAUCUGCUUUAGAUCCGCAAACAAACAUCACCGGAGAGGAAUUUGCUAUACUUGAUCAACGAAGCAUCGAGGAUGAGACAGUGCUUAUCUACCAACUGCUAGACGAA